GAACCUCCUCCCAUCUAGAUUGUCUUCCAUCACCACCACCCUCACCAGACACCAGGAGUCAGAGAAGAAAAACCCUGAGUGAUUCCCAGCCCUGCUCAGAUGAAGAAGGCUGCUCCGAAGUAUUUCUUCCAACUGACAGCGACUAUGAUUCAAGUGAUGCUCUGAGCCCCAGAGAACUGGAUUUGGUUUACUCAUCCUCACAUGACAUAUCCCAACAGGCAGUGGGUGGCCUGGGCGGCAGUGCCCCUGAUGUUCUACAGGUCCAUGAUAUGAAGCCUCACCUGACUUUGAAAGAAGACCCCAAAGGCGGCAGUGACUUGUAUGCCGACGCUGAAUACUGCACUGAGUACAUGAGUAGUGUGACCGUGGGAGGGUUCACGUCCAAAAGCAUGGACAAGGCUUCCAACUCCAGGCAGCCUUUGAGUUUCUUGGGGAAAAAAAAGCUAGGGAAACAUCAACACUACAACUACUUCAGCCGGCACCAUCGCUGGCUGAGAGUGCACAGUGAGACGCAGCCCACUUCUCUUUCUGAGGGCGUGUACACGCAGCAUCUCACACGAGCCACGGAUUUAUCACAGGAGUCUACCUCCAGUGAGCAAAUAAGGAUUCCCAUCGACGGUCCUAGGAGCACUUUCUUACUUCAUGCCUCGAGCCUCCCAGAAGAUGGGAAAGGCAAGUACCAAGAGUCGAGGCAGAAUAUCCGUAGGAUAUAUGUGGAGCCUUAUCAAACCGCGGUACUCAGUGAAGAGGGCAAGCCCUGGGCUCUGAGCAUGCAGUCUGUAGAACGUGGAGAUUUGCACGAUACCACAGAACAGGAAGUGGGCUUGGAUGACCAAUCAAAUUCUCCCAUCUCGGAAGUAUUCAGUAGCACGCUUUAGGAGUUUGCACUGCAACACGCUGCGCCCAAAAUGGCAUCAUGACCAUUCUCAAUUUAGGAUCAUAUUUUCAAAUUAACCUUUAAAAUGCAGAUCCUCAACUCGCAUCUGGUUCUACUUACUUUACCAGCUGAGGAUCCGGCCUUAAAUGGGUAUCCCCCAAAGCGCAUGCCAAAUCGCUUGCAUCUGCAAUUUUCAGGUGUAAAUAAUCAAUGUUUACCAUCUAACUUAAUGCUGCAUGAUGGCAAAUCAGGUGGUUAGGCACAGAAAUGUGCUUAAUUACACAAAUGUCUGGGCAUGCAGAAUUUCAGGCACAUACAAUUUGCCUGCAAAAUUUGGGGGAAGCUGAUUAAAGUCACUUUAGAAAUGUGGUCCUAAGUUCUAUUACCUCCCCCUCCCCGUAAAUGUUUCCACUUCCCAACAAGCCCCUUGUGUGGAUUUCGCUGACAUGCAAGUAAAGCACUGAGUGGUUGGGUGAAUGAAAAUAGGUCCUGCAGCUUCUGGUCUUACGUGCCCCUUUAUUUCUAUCACACAAAAAAUUAGUGCCAACUCUAAACAUUGGCAUGGCCUGGUACAAUUGCUAGCCUUGCACGCUUAGCUUCAUAGGCUUUGAUUUAAAGGAAUGUAAAUACCAACUUAUUCUCCAGCUUUAGAUGAGAGAGAAUCCUUCUAGAUCAAGAGGAGAGGGUAUUAGGUGGUUUGCGGUAGCUGGUCUGACUAGUGAAUGAAUAAUGCAUAGUCACAGGGCUUUGGCUGGUCCUUUGCAUGGGAAUGAAUUUCAUCUGGUUACAGGGAAUCUCAGACUGUCACUGGAGGUGGAUCUAAGCCAUAAAAUUCAGGUUCAGGCUUUUUUUUUUUUUUUCCAAAUACUCCCUCCAAAUUUCAAGGUUGUUUGGAUCAAUGGUUUCAGGUUUAGACCAUUGUAGUAAUUCUGAAUUGGAUAGAUUUAGAUUAGGGAAAAAAGGGCAGGGGCAGGGGAGCAGUUGGAUCAGGGAUUUUGGUUCAGGCCCAUCUUCGAUGACUAUGUAAGUAUCAGUAUCAUACUAUGUAAGUAUCAGUAUCAAAAGAACAAAUAUAAUCUUGAAAUGCCCCAGUUUCUUAAAAACAGUGAGUAGUCCUAUGGCACCUUAAAGACUAACAAAAUAUAUA